UUCCUCGGGGGCGGCGCCGCGCGCCGGGAAUUCCCCGGGGUGGCGGAGGCUGAGAGCGCGGCCGGGCCGGCGGGGCGGGGAGCGAUGGGCGCCCGAGGGGCCCCGAGCGGACACCGCGACGGGCCGCGCUGCCUCCCCGCCGAGCCGAGCGCCCGCCGCUGACCCGCCCGGCCCGGCCGGCCGGGCCCGCAGAGCUGUCAUGGAGGAGUUGGUAGAGGAUGACAUCUGUAUUUUGAACCAUGAAAAAGCAGACAACUCUCACAAGAGAGACAGUGAUAUUCCUGUUUCGUCGUAUAGUGGAGAUGAGUCUGUUGCCUCACACUUUGCACUUGUCACUGCAUAUGAAGAUAUCAAGAAACGACUAAAGGAGACAGAGAGGGAGAACUCCCUCUUAAAAAAAAGAGUGAGAAUUCUAGAAGAGAAGCUGCUUGGCUCCCGGCUGGAAGAGGAAUGCAGUUCAGUUGGGCGUGAACAAGUAAAUAAGGCAUACCAAGCCUAUCGGGAGGCCUGCAUCGACAGAGAUAAUUUGAAAAGCAAGCUGGAAAAAAUGGUGAAAGAAAGUGAGGAAUCCCUGAAAACCUUGAACGAACAGCUGCAGUCUAAAGAAGUAGAGCUGCUACAACUGAAAACUGAAGUGGAAACUCAACAAGUGAUGAAAAGUUUGAAUUGUACUCAGGCCAACUGGGAACUGGAGAAGCUGAAUUGUGACCUGAAAAUCCAUAGUCUGGAACAGGAUCUAGAAAAACUCAAGGACGAGCGCAACAGUCUCAAGAAGGAGUUGCAAAAAUCCAAGCAGAGGGACCAGGCUCAAGAUGAAAAUCCAUUGAGUGGAGACCACCUUCAAAAGCAAGCUAUCCAGAGUGUGCAACAAGCAUAUUGGGAACUGAAGAGAGAAAUGUCUAAUUUGCGCCUAGUGACUGAUGUGCAAGCUGAGGUUCUGCGAAAACUGAAAAGAAAUCCAACAGCAACCAAGAAAGCUGCCCCUACUGCACCAGCGCAAUGUGUUGAAUCGAACGUUUCAAAGCCGAAUUUGACAUCUGGGGUAGUCUAUAAAAACCUCUCACAGAAUGAUAAAGUCUUCUGCAACGCUGUGUCUCCCCCUCUGCUGAGAAAUGCCCACAUCCCAUCGGAAAGGGUGACUCUACAAGCAUGGGCAGAUGAGAGACCCAUUCCAGUUGAUGGCAAAACAUUUCAGGAACACCAUUCUUACGGAAAGAGCUCUCUGGAAGAUAAUUCCUGGGUAUUCCCAAGUCCUCCAAAGCCUAAUGAGAAUGUGUUUUGGGAAAUGAAAAAUAACCCAACUUUGUUAAACUGUCCAGCAGAUUACCUGGAUCAGUGUAAUCAAAACUGUCUGCACAAGAGUUAAACAAUUUUUGGAAUGAUUCUGAGUAGGCACCUUAACGCUUGAACUUUUUAAGAUGGAAAAGAAAUCGCUUGAAAUGUUCUUUAUUUUUAAUUCUAGUUUUGAAACAGAAGCCUAGUCUUCCUCUGCUGUUAAUCAGGAGUAAGUUCCUUGAUGUUAAAGCUGUGCUGGUAUAACGCAAAAAUAAAGAAAUCUAGUAUGGGGCCUAGAUAGUCUUGUACUGCAGAUGACAUACAUUUGCAAAAGGUUACACUGAAAAGUCAGUUCAUGGAAUAAAACAAAAUAAUUCAGUUCUGUAUUUGUUUGCUAUUUGUCUCUUACCAAGAAAAUAUUCGGUAUCUGGUGUUAAAACUUGUAUCAGCUCUAAGGUGACUUUUUGAUGGUGUCCUUUUUCAGAAUAAGACAUACAAUGAAGAAUUGGAUUAUCUCUCUCUUCCUCCUUUCAGUUAACUUUUGGAUUCCUCUGGUUUAGAAAUGCAUUUUUAUGUAAUCUUUAAUCAAGAAAGGUGAGAUUUAAUUUUUUUCUUUCCAAAUCCUUGAUUUAUAUUAGAUAGUGGUAGGAGAAAAAAAUCAUCCCCUAGGCUGUCUUACUUAGAUUGCACCAUUUACGGUUUGAUUGUGAAUUCUAGGGGACCAUAAAUAAUGCUGCUGAACACUGUGAGUCCUGGAGGCCCAGCUUGUUCCUGCUGAAGGAAACAGACUUAACUCUGUGCACACUGGUGCUGCCACAGAACCAUCCUGCAGUUACCCAUAUUGUGCCUCCUUUGCACGGCAUCAGAACCUUGACUCUUGGUUUGGGUGGUGGUGGUGGGUACUAACUUUUCUUCUGGGAAAGAAACAAAGCCUUAAUUUGAUCGGAUUUGGUGUUGUCACACUGUUGAUAAUACAUAAGAAGUAUUUUUGUGGUAUCUUUAGUACGCCACUGAGAUUUAUAGAGUUAUUAGAAUUGCAUCUGCCUGUUUUAUAGAUUAUGGGUGUCUAAGUACUAUUUUUUUUUUCCUCUUAAGGUCAUGAACAGUUUUUAGACAAAUACAAUUUAUGCCUUUGUUUUAACUUAUCUGCUUCAUACCUGGCUUAAUACAACAGGGUUAAGUGACAUGUCUUGACUGCUCCAAAGGUUGAAGAAAAAUGCUUUGUAAUUUAGAUCCAUGGUGCCUAACUUGUAAUGGGCGAGAAGAUAUUUAAUACUGAAUGGGCUAUUUACACGUGUGGGUGGGUGAAGGAGUUGACUUCACAGGUCCAGCUUCAGAUCAAAGUAAUAAAAUUUAAUUUCACAGCUGUUUAGUAGCAAAUUAUCUUAAAGCUUCUUGCAAAUGCAGGGGAAGCUAUGACUGUAGCAUAGUAAUGGUGGGUUGUAAACGUGUGACCGGGGUGCUACAUGACCUCUGUGGUUCCAGACACUCUUCCCUGCACAGUAAGUAUGAAACCCAUCUCUUUCUCUUUCAGUUUGUCCAUCAAAGUCGAAGGAAUGCCUUCCAGAUACUUUCUACUACAGUAGCAAACAGCAUACAUAAAUAAUGUUUCCCAUUCACCAGAUACAGUUUUUCUUUCUAUUAUCUUGCUCACAUAUACUGGGUUGUCUGUGAUUAAUGGAAAUGGUGUCAGAUGCUGGAAUUUAUUCUGACCAAUGAACACAGCUGACUCAGGGGAGUACAAUCUCUUGGAAAGUAAUAGAACAAAACCCAAUAUGCAUAAAACAAAUCCAAGUCACUAGGCUCUAGCUGAUAAAAGCAACUACCUGUGUAAUAACAAAGAAAACAUUUCUCAUGUGGCUGCAUAAGCUAUAUGGCUUACUUUUGGGGUUCCCCACCUCAAUAUUGCAGAGGGGUUUUUUAUUAAGUAAUGUAUUAUCCAACAGACAUCAAUAUUUGUGCAAUGAAGGAAUUCUACUGUGUAAGAUUUUAAAUAAAUUUAUUUUUGUUU